UUUCCUAAUGAUUGAAGCAUUGGAAAGUGUAUAAUCCAUUGGAUCUUUCGUCGUCGACGCCAUUUGUCUGACAUCUCUGCAAAAAGUGCCAGCAAUUUCUUUCGUUUCAAUUUCCUCUGUCCUCGCCGUCUCCGAUCCCAAAACCUGUAACCAUCCUUCUGUCCGGCGAGCCAGGUUUCUGAACAAAAGGAGAUAAAAGAGAAGAGGAAUUCUCCGGCUGUCUCCUUUUUCAUCGCUCUUUCUGGAAUCAUUUGCAAUUUUACUUUCCCCGGCUUUCCACAUCGCCAACAAGCUCCGAUCGGCUGCAGGAGCCGGCGGUUGUUUUGGGGUCUUCCGGCAAUAUUGAAUUUCCUUCGUAUCGUCCAUUUGGAGGGAAGGAAAUGAAUCCGGAUGGUUUUUGUUGCUAGCAGAUAUGGUUAUAUAGAAUUGUAAAAGGAGGCGGAGGCGGAGGACUUUUUGGGAGAGAAUUGUUUUCCACGGGGGAUUGUAAACGAUGCAUUUCUUCCCUUUCAGCUCAAGCUCUAACAAUGAUGGCGGGAGUCGUAUUCCGGUAUAUCUGAAUGUGUAUGAUCUUACCACUGUAAAUAACUACCUCUAUUGGUUCGGGCUUGGGAUCUUCCAUUCGGGUAUCGAAGUCCAUGGGAUGGAGUUUAGUUUUGGAGCACAUGAGUACCCUAGCAGUGGGAUAUUUGAGGUGGAACCACGAAGUUGUCCAGGCUUCAUCUUUCGACGAGCAGUGUUGCUGGGCAACACCAGCUUGUCACGGGAAGAAGUUCAGGCAUUAAUGGAACACCUUUCAUCAGACUACCAUGGUGAUUGUUAUCAUUUGAUUGCCAAGAAUUGCAAUCACUUCACAAGUGAAGCGUGCGUGAGAUUAACUGGAAAGCCAAUUCCAGGAUGGAUAAAUCGGAUGGCUCGGUUAGGUUCCUUCUGCAAUUGUCUACUGCCAGAGAGCAUUAAGGUAGCACCAGUUCGACAUGUACCUGAACACGCCGGAUAUUCUGAUGAUGACGCCUCAGGAUCUAUCAUAUCAUCCGCUUCAUUGGCCAGCGACGAAGAGAAUUCAAAUCACCAUCUGCUGCCCAUACCCAAUGGCGAGGUUGAAUUUAUAAAGGAAAAAGAAAAACCAAUCAGGCUAGCCAAAGAUAUACUGUAGAAGAUGUUUUCUUGUGAGAUAUCUAUUAUUUUUUCUCCCUGUGCCUUCUCUUUCACAUCUAGCAUUGUGUGCUGAUUGCAUCGCCUUUUCGCUCGAGACUUCUGUGAUGCAUCAUUUUUCUGAUUGUUUGUUGUGUUCAUGUAUUGCUUAUUUCACUCUUUGAGAGCUGACAAGUAUGGAUCCUCAUGUAUGCCGCUGGAUGUAUAUAACCAAACCUCCUUUUUCUUUUCUGUUGCUGAUAGGUUUCUGUGAGAUGUAGAGAAACUUAAAGACUCUUUGUUCCCACUCUUGUUUGGUUUGCCACUGGAUGUUUGUAUGAUUUUCCCAUUGAACUCAGGAUCGGUACAGAACCUGAUAAAAAGACGCGGGAGGAGGGAUGAGACCACAUUGAGAAUACAUUUGAUCUGAUAUGAUCUGAUUCGACCCGCUUGUGUUCGUUGUUUGUAAGGGUUUAUAGUCCUACAUCUGUCUGAUUCAAAUAUCGGUUUGUUCCGAUGGGAAUCGAAUUGCAUACAGUACCAUCUAACUCUAGUCUCAGUAACUUGUUCCGGAGGGAAGCUGUCUUUUCCUCUCCAAUACUGGACUUGUCUUCUCCCGUCAUAAUAAAGGUUAUCCCAUUUCUUUAUCAGCAACAGACAAAGAACUAGUCAAGAUCCCUGGUUUCUAACCCAUAAAAGGGGGGAG